AGCGGGGGUGGAGGUGCAGGCAAGGCAGGGGCAGGGGGUGGUGGAUGGGCUGUGCUCCUACUGUUUCUAAGAAAGAAAGAACGAAGACCCCCUAACUUGCAAACAGUUCACUGUUAUCUCACAGCAGACAAAUACUUCUAAAGUUUCCAUUAUAUCCAUUUCCGUUCUGCUCUGAGAAUGGUAAUUCACACUAUACGAUGCACAGUUCCUCAAUGUUUUCUUCUUACUGGGCAGAAAACUUUCAACACAACACCUCAACUCAGAGAUGAUGUUUGUUACCCUACUGCCUCAUAUGGUACAAGCACAGAACCAUUGGUGGGACGAUGGCAGAGGUUUCAACGUUACAUUUCAAACUGGCGUCCUCUUCGUAUUGGGGCCUUUGGUCUUGUAUUGGUGGUCGCUGCCUUUCAGUGGAGACAAAGGUCCCAACCAGAGAAUCAAGUUGCCAAGAAGUGGGAGGUCACAUGCUAUCGCAUGAUUCCACUACGAGCUUCUUCUCGGGCUUGGGGUUGGCUGACCAAUUUGGAACUACCGCGCUUGAUUAGACCAUGGGUGUAUGGUUUUUAUGCAGACAUGUUUGGGUGCAAAAUUCAUGAGGCUGAAGUUGAGGAUCUGUACUGUUAUCCAUCGCUCUCUGAUUUUUUCUGCCGUCAAUUGAAAGAAAAUGCCCGACCCAUUGAUCCAAUAAGAAGCAUUAUAUCUCCUGCUGAUGGGCGGAUCUUGAAUUUUGGGCGUGUAGAUGGCUGUCAUGUUGACCAAGUGAAAGGAAUCAAAUAUUCUAUCCCUGCUUUUCUUGGUGAGCCAACAUGGCGCAGGACAAAGGACUUUCAAAAUUCUGGAGGUGAUGCCAAGGUGACUUAUGAUCCAACCAAGGUUGAUUGGAAUGAAUAUAAAAAACAGCUACUGCAAAACAAAGACACAGAUUUGUAUCAAUGUGUUGUAUACCUUGCCCCUGGUGAUUAUCAUCGUUUCCACUCUCCAGCUCAGUGGACUGUGAACUUCCGACGUCAUUUUCAAGGUGAUUUACUUAGUGUAAGUCCUCGAAUUGCUAAGUGGAUUCCUGAUUUAUUUUCAUUAAACGAAAGGGCUGUCUAUGUUGGCUCUUGGAAGCAUGGAUUUUUUUCUUUUGGUGCAGUUGGAGCUACUAAUGUUGGGAACAUUCGUGUUAUUUGUGAUGAGAGCCUACAUACAAACAUGCCCAAAUGGCCUAGAGGGCAGCCACUUCAGCGUGAUGCAUUCUUAGGUUCUCCUGAGAAGGGUAUUCCUUUCAAGAAAGGUGAACUGUUUGGAGAGUUUAGGUUAGGUUCUACUAUUGUGCUACUGUUUGAAGCUCCUAAAGAUUUUAUGUUUGACCUAGAAAAAGGUCAAAAAAUUGAAGUGGGCUCUGCCCUCAGUAAACUUUCGAAGUGAACUAUCUCCUAGAUCAAUUAAUUCAUACUAGUCUUCGUGUUUCAUUUGCUUGCUCUUUCAGUCCAUUUUUACAAGACUCAGCCAACAGUCAGCAGUUUGAUUUUGAUUGGAAGCAAAUGAAACACAUAGAUAUCAUUUGGUGUAUUAUACUUAUGUCUUUGCAGAAUAUGUAUGUGUAAUUUAAAUCAGCCAAUUGAAUACAGUAAACGCCGCUUAUAGCGCUCCCGUAUAUAACAUAAUCCCAAUGGCGCAAAGCUACACUGCAACUUUAGCGUUGCAAAUCGGCAUUAGGGGGGAAAUGCAUUUAACAUUUUCCCAGUAUGACGUUGGGAAAUCGGCACAAUUAGAGGCCAUGUUAUGAACGGCUUUUACUGUACCAUUGGUGCAGGUUUACCUUUUUUGGUGACUUGGUGAAAAUUUUAUUAGCCAUACAUGCAUCAUCAUUGUAGAUAUAUUUGUCAGAACAUGAACUUUAGAAGUCAGUUAAGGCUGAGGUAGUAAUUUAAAAUGUAUAAGGUUUUGUACAUUGUGUUCAAAAGUAACAGUACUUUGUGAUUGAUAUAAGUAUGCUGGUCUGGUUAGUUUUAUUUUAUAUUGCUAUUGAAAUCAGGCAAUGAUCUGAUACCUCUGUUUUUUAUCAUUUUGAGAUGGAUUGAUCUCAUUGCUUGUCCUAUGAGAGUGAAGUAGUUGUAUGACUGUAACAUUGUACAUUUAGGUGACCUCAAUUCUGUGAUGUUAUACAUUUCCUUACGUUCUUAAGUUUUGGAAAUGUAUUGUGAUAUCACUAAUCAACCAAUUUCAAAUACAGUAGUUUUAACUUUUCAAUGUCUGAAAAGUAGAUCAUUUCAUUCAACAGUGUGUACUGAAUUUACAGUCAUUUCUUGAACAGAUCAGAAAAGUUGUGUAAUUUUGAAAAGACUAUUAUGGAACAUUUCUUACUAAUAUAUUUUACUUUGUCAUUGUCUGAAGCACAUUAAGUGCUGUGGAACUUGCAAUGUCUGUGCUUGCUGACCAAGGCAUGAGUUUCUAUAACUUGACUAGUAUUUAAAGUCAAGAAUAGACAAAUGCCCAUUUGCUCAUUUCAACUUAAAUAGUUGUGUGGUACCUGAUAAUUUUAAUGAAGAUGUUAAUUAACUUCAUAUAUGCCUUUUCUGAAAAUGAAGUGCAUUUAUACAUGUAUAUUUUUUGUCUAUCAUUGUUAUUCAUGCCAAGAAUUUUCACAACUGGUUACAUUACACUGUGGCUUACACUGGUUUUAGAUAGGUAUUCAUCUCUGUAUUCAUUACAAACCCUGUUAAGAAAUUUACUGUGAAAAAGUCAUGGACCUUAACAUUACAUCACUGUUUGUUUUGUUGGUGAAAAUCUUAUUGUGGCCAGCCUUAUUCAUGAAUUAAAUCAGCUGGUUCUACAUAAAAAUGCUGUAAAGCACCUAUCUGUUGUGCUUAUUAUUAUCUUUACCAGCUGGAUGUUAAUAGAUUAUAACUGGUCUCAUGAUUGCUUACUGUAGUUGAUGCUUUGGCUUUUUUCCUGUGUUUGCUACUAUGUAUUUGUGUAUCUCAGAGACUAUGUUGACUUAUUCGCAUGUAAUUGUCUAUCUUUACUUUUUUGCAUCUGCACACAACUGUUCUCAGGAGGAAUGGAUUUUCAAAGAAAAAAACGACAGCUCCUAAAGUUUAAUGUUUUAACUUUUCCAUGACCCUUGUUUGAGUUUUAUUCUGAUCAGUAUUUUACAGAAAGAGGUGUUGAAGCGUCUAUUUUUUUAAUAACUCAUAAUUUUUCAGUGGUUGUCAUACCCAAAACAUCUUAAGAAGCUGAGGUGUGCGUCUAGGUGGCGCUUCGACUAAGACGGUAGUUGCAAUUGGUCAUUGAUAUUCUGUGUCAACCCCUUGCCAAAAUAAAAGCCUGAAUUGUGCAGGGCCUCAUUCCUCUCAA